GUCCGGUGGCGAUAGAAGGCCAUGAUAAUUAUGGCGAAAUUUGCGUUUUUGAAUGAAUUAUAGUUGAAUGGUGGAUCAACAAGCAUACACCGAGUGAGGACUGGUUUGCUGGCAAUGACACACCAGAGAGUUUCAAUUUAAAGGACAGCAGAGCAAGCAACGGAGAAAGGUCAUAUUAGCUAAUGGCUGCCGAAUCGGGGAGACUACUGGCGGGACAAGGAAAACGAAGCAAAGCUUCACAGAUGAAGAGCCCGGAGAAGAAGAAGGCGAGGAAAUCCACCACCCAGGCGGCGGGGUUCUCCCACCUCACUGAGUUUGCACCCCCUCCUACUCCCAUGGUGGACCACCUGGUUGCCUCCAACCCCUUUGACGAUGACUUUGGGCCCCCAUCCCGACCGAGUGGGGCAGGUGGACCAGGCAGUGCUCCAUUUCUUCCCAGCCCAGGAGCAGGUGGAGGAGGUGGGUAUGGAGGUGGUGGCCGAAUGGGUGGAGGCAUGGGCUUCAUGGGAGGCCCAGGAGGACCAGGCGGUGGCCAGCCUGGACGAAGGCCACCGUUUGGCCCUCCAUCCAACGCUGGACCUCACCACCAGCUAGGCUUUGGAGGAAUGCCUGGCUUUGGAGGUGGCGGUGGGGGAGGCAGUGGGGGAGGAGGAGGAGGUGGUGGAUUCCCCCCUGGUGGCCCUUCUCAGUUCAACAUGCCACCAAACUUCAGUCCACCCAUGCACCCCGGGCCAGGUUUCAAUCCCAUGUUGUCUCCAGGGGGUAUGGGAGGUCCCGGAGGAGGGGGGCCACCGCACCCUCGUUUUGGCAUGCCCCCACAGCAGCAGCAUGGACAGGGUGGGCACCCAUUUAACAGCCCACCAUUACCUGGUGGUGGAGGCCCCAGAGGGCCCCCUCAUGGCCCCCUGCCUCCAAUGGGAGGAGGCAUGGGUCCUGGGAUGAACAUGAUGGCUGGCAUGGGUGGUGGUCCUGGAGGCAACAUGGUGGGAGGUUUGCCAGGUAUGCCCCCUCAAGGACAGUUCCCUCCCUCACAGGAUGGCCCUUACCCUGGCCCUAGUCCGCCAGGACCAGGCAACGAGGAUGGAAAGAACUUUGGAGGAGGAGGGCCGCCGCCUGGGCCUCAGCAGCAGCAACAACAGCAGCAGCAACAGCUUAACCUAAAUCCCAAUGGCCCCCCUCCUAACAAUACCACUCCAGGCCCUCCUCCUAACUCUGGCCCACCACAGCCAGGUGGAGGCUUCCCUGGCCACCCUGACGUCCAGCAGCCCAACGCCAAUACACCUGGUCAACCUCCCUCAGCACCGCCCCAGCCUAACCCCAACUCUUCUCCCACUGGUCCCCUGAAUGGAUCUGGCCAGCCCCAUCCACCACCCAGUCAGCUACAGCCUCCAAGUAACGCAAACACCCCCAACUCUAAUAACUCUACUCAGCAGCAGCAGCAACAAUCCACUCCACCUAACUCUGCCCCAGGCUCCACCCCUUACAACCAGCAGAACAACACUCCUGGUGCUGGUGGUCCCAUGCCAAAUGCAGCCCCCAAUUCAGGUCAGAACAGCAUGACCAACAACAACGGAGGCAACACUCCAGGCAGCAACCCCAAUCCCCCCUCUAACUCCACCUCCACCCCAAACACCCAGUCUCCCCUGCCGCCCGGCCCUGCCGCCCCCUCAACCGGGCCGGGUUCUGGCCCUGGAAAGCUCGGUGGCCCCGGAAUGGUCUUCCCUUGUGGCCUCUGUAUGGCGGAGGUGCAUGACGAUCAAGAUGCCAUCCUGUGCGAGGCAUCGUGCCAGCGCUGGUUCCACCGUGACUGCACAGGCCUGACAGAGCCAGCGUACGGGCUGCUGACUCGAGAGAGCGCCGCUGUUUGGGCCUGUGACUUCUGCAUCAAGACCAAGGACAUCCAGGCUGUGUUUGUGCGCCAGGGAUUAGGCCAGCUGGUCGCAGCUAAUGAGAGUUGAGGAGUGGAUGACAAAGGAGCAACGUGGAGGUGUGACGCAUAAGGACAAAUACAGACAUUCUUUGCUCUGGUUUAAUUGAAUGACCUGUGUGUCAUGUCAGCUACUUGCCCAGCUUUCUCUUGACUAGCCCUUUACUUGUUCACUACACAGAGAAACACACUCAUUGACAUUCAUGCUUAUAUAUAGCACUUUGAGUGACUCUAGGCAAAUGCUUUUUCCGCCCCCCUGAAAGGAGUCAAAUCAUGAUGAAUGUUAAACUACACAGUCCUUCAGACAUCUAGCCUGCCAACCAGCAAAGCACUGACACCAACACACUACCUCACACACUUUGUGACUGACUGGCACGGGGGCUCCCACACUGACUGACUCUGAUUGACUGGCCACACUCAUGCACCACAUGGGUAGGUUGAUAUUUCAAACCUGCAUAGACACAUAAAUCCACAUUACACAGGGAAAGUAAUGAUGAAAUAUUCCCCUACUGUGUAUUGAUAGAAUGACUCACAGCAUCAACAUUAUUUUUUGAAUUUUUAAUUCUUUUAUUUAGGGGUGGGCGAUAUGACUUCAAAUUUAUAUCACAAUAUUUUGUUUUGUUCUUUGUUUUGUUUUUUACGGUGUCGGUAUUAUAUCACGGUAUUACAAAAAUAAAAGGGAUACUCCACUCAAAACAUGAUUCUACCUCUUUUCACUCUAUUAACAGCAAAAGUUUGCUAAAAAAAGUUUGUUUAUUGGCUCCAAAUAGGAAUGAAAAUGAGGUAUAGGCCUAUGUGUUUUGGGAGGAGUAGCCUGCUCCGUAUUGUGGGUUAAUUAGUAAAUGUAAUGUGAUUCAUUCUCAGAGUUAGACAAGGGGUAGGAUUAGGCAUGUCAACAGCAUUUAUUUGACAGCAAACCCAAAGUAAAUAAGUAUAACAGUCAGUUUACCACAGGGCAUGUCUAUAAAGUGUAUUUACAUAUGGCAGCAACAGACACACAUAACACCAUGGCACGCAGCACAGGAGGCUUUCCUGUAACAACGGAACCAGCUGAGCUUGCGUUGCAGUAUGAAGUGGGGAGAUAAUGUCAGGUUAUGCAAGACUGCACAAAACGCAACUUUCCCACAUCCACCCUACGAUUCUGCUUAUUUAAUUGCCUUCAAAAGAGGCUUAACAUUCACACAGGUCGCAAACAUUGCUCCAGCAUGUGGGUCUACAGUAGGUGCUACUAGCCACGGAACAUGCUAACGCUAAAUUCAACAGGCUAACCAGCAAGAGAAACAGUGAAGCGACAUAAAAAUGGCAAAACUCAUAGGUUGUUGUAGCUGCAAAGUAACAGUUUGCAGCUGGUAUUGAUCCAUCCUUGAGCUUCAGUUUUAAAGUUAUUUCUGCCUUGUAUUGGUCCUCAAAGCAGUGCACAGCAAAAAGAUUAGCACACACCUAUAGCAUGGUAUAUAAGUAUAUAUUCGAGUUGUUGUGUGGACAUUUCUAUCAUGUCAGUGUACUGGGUCUUCUUCAGAUGGUGGGAGUAGAUGCAGACUUUUAUGUUGGAUCUUGCAGCCAGCAUCAGCGAGAUAAGUGUUCGUUGCUCAUAAUAUUACCUUCCACGUCUUCGUGUUACCAGAUUCUGCGUUAAAGCGAGGAAAACAGUUACUAGAUAUAACUCCAGUUCUGAAUACGCGCAUAGCCCUCUGCAUGUUAUUGCUGCCACAGUUAAUCACAGUAUUUUCUCUAAAACAUUUGUCACGGUAAUGACCAUAUUGAGAAAUUAAUGUGGCAAAGCAUGACGUCGGUGACGAAACAGGUAUACCGCCCACCCCUGUUUUUGAUUAAAACAGACAUGAUGUAUCAAAUCUUUAAAAUUGAAAAAAAAAAAAAAAGAUUGAAAGAAUUCCUGAAAAUUAAAAAGGGCCUUAGGUUUAACUUAUUAAUGGAGCCACAGCUUUAUUUGUCAUCAAAAUGCUUUAUUCUGGCACUGCCCUGUCACAUUUCUCACCUUUUUAAUGCAAGCAGGAGAAAUAUAAUGGAAAAAUACAUCAGUAUAUUGCAGUACAACAUCUCAAGCAUUGAAACAUAUAUCAUUGGUGAAAAAAAGUUUUUUUUUUGUCAAUUCCUGCACCUGCACACAUGCAUACAUACACACACACACACUUUGACUCUGUACUCCUUCUGUCUGUCAUUUUGUACAAGUGCUGAUUAAUCCAAAGGGAGACCCACGCCGAGAUUUCAUCCACGCCUCACAGAGAGGAUUUUACCACCAAAAUAGUUGUAAAUAUUAGGACAAAACAUUUGUCUGGAACUCCCAUCAGUUGCAAACAUGCUGGAGAGUUGACCAAUGAACAAAAUAAUAAGGUGAACAUAUGUGUCUUGGUUGUGUACAGUAUGACGUUUUGUUUUUUAUACAGUACAUUUGAGUCAGCCGUUUCUUUUUAUCUCUGCAGUACACAUGAAUUGUGAAAUCAGUGCUUUUGGAUGGUGUUGGCAUAGCAAGUAGUGACAUCAUGUCAUAUCAGAUGUGCAUAGUCCUUUAAAAAAAAAAAAAAACAGGGGAGGGGGGUGCAUGUGAACCAAUGCAGUAACUGAUCUGUUUGUUUAUAUUCUGGCCUCUGCAUCGCAAGAAGCCUUGAAGUAGACCAAAUAACUUAAGAGCGAAAAAUACCCACUUUUCACAUUUCUGUCGCGGUAUAAGGUGUUUAUAACUAUUCUUCCUUCUCUUCCUUAUUUUUCUUUAUUCAAUGUCCAAGUUGCCUUUCUGUUCUUGCUCUAUCAGCUGUUCCUUUUUGAUUUUGUACUGGUAUUUGUGCUGUGCUCUUGCUCUGCUCUGGCGCCUCCUGGCGGAAGCCGGAGGAACCGGUGAGUCCCACACCUGGUGGAGAAGGGAAAGGUACUGAACUCUGAAGUAAAGAAAGAAUUUUUUUUGUACUUGUCCAUGUCUGUUUUUAUUCACAUUUUUUAAUUUGUUUGCUAAUUGUUGUAUUAAAAUGAGGGUUGGAAAACCCAGUGAAACCAAUAAUGUAAUUUCUGUGUCAUAAUGCUCAGUUACAGUACCUUCUUUGAAUUAACAGACCAUGGUGUUAAAUCAUCAGUGAUUUGCUUAAAGAUUUUCUUCUCAGUAAGCAGUGAAAUUCAUUUGAAAAAAAUAUUUUGCAACAGUUAUUUUGUGAAGCUUUUAUCAGAGUGAUGAUUCUCAAUCCUAUUGUUGAUUUGCAAAAAAAAAAACAAUGCAAUUUCAUGGGUCUGUAAAUUCAGAAUUUCAUUGGGAUUUUC